AUGAAAUCCCUAGUUGUUUUAUUUACUUUAUUGUCAAUAGUACUUGCUUCCAUAUUAGAUUUAAAAUCACCUCUUGUGGAUGAUUUUUACAAAGCUCCUGACGGUUAUGAGUCGGCCAAAUUAGGAGAAAUCUUAAAGCUGAGAAAAACACCAAGCCAAAUAAGCAGUUUGUUUAUUCCCGUUGAAGUCAAAAACUCCUGGCAACUUUUGGUUAGAUCUGAAGACUCAUUUGGGAAUGCAACAGCAAUUGUUACCACUGUUAUUGAGCCUUUCAAUGCCAACCCUUCCAAAGUUGUAUCCUAUCAAAGUUGGGAAGAUGCUGCUAAUAUUAAAUGUUCACCUUCUUACGGUAUGCAAUUCGGUGCUCCAUUGUCAUCAGCACAAACCCAAGUAGAUAUGAUUUUCAUGGUUCCAUUGUUGAAUAAAGGUUAUUUUAUUGUCAGUCCUGAUUAUGAGGGGCCAAAAUCUUCGUUUACAGCGGGCACUCAAUCUGGAAAGGCCACUUUAGAUUCCAUUAAAGCGAUUUUACAGUCGAAACAACUUACCGGGAUUGAGAAUGAUGCCCAAGUUGCCAUGUGGGGGUAUUCUGGAGGUACAAUAGCAUCUGGUUGGGCUGCUGCAUUACAACCUAAAUAUGCACCAGAAUUAAAGAAAAAUUUGAUUGGUACAGCUCUUGGUGGGUUUGUCACCAAUAUUACUGCUACUGCUGUAGCAACUGAUGGCGGGCCAUUUGCUGGAUUAAUUCCCAACGCAUUAAUGGGAUUGGCCAAUGAAUUCCCCGACUUCAAGAAGAGAAUAUAUGAAGUUGUAGAGAAAAAAUAUGAAGGCGUUUUAAACCAGGGUGCUCAACAUUGUUUAGUAGGAGCUACCCUAUAUUUUGCAUUUGAUCAAGUUUUCACUGGUGACAAUAGAUACGUCGAACAAGGUUAUGGGGUGCUUAAAGACAAAAUAUUCAACCAAACUAUUGUGGAAAACAGUUUGCUAUACUUGGAUCAAGAGUAUGUACCAGACAUUCCAAUAUUUGUGUAUCACGGUUCGUUGGAUGGCAUUGUUCCAAUCGCUGGCGCGCAUGGAGUUUACAAAAAUUGGUGUGACUGGGGAAUCAACUCAUUUGAGUUUGCUGAAGAUUCAUUAAAUGGUCAUCUUACAGAGAUGAUUGUCGGAGCUCCAGCAGCUCUAACAUGGUUAGAUGCCAGGUUUGACGGUAAGCCAGUUGUAAAGGGUUGUAAGAAAACUUCCAGAAUUACCAAUUUUUCUUAUCCAAACAUUGCUGAUUCAACUAAAGAGUUCUUUUCAGGUAUUCUUGAUUCACUUACUGCUUCACCAUUGGGUCCUGGCAUAACAUCUGAUGACAUAACAUUGGAUGGAUUAACCAAAUUUUUGGGUAGCUUUCUGGGCUCAAAGAAUUAA